UUGAUCGGUCCAUAUAAACUGGUAUCCGCGCAUCAACCCGUGCCUUGUAGCGUAUGCACCGUACACAUUGAAGAGUCGCCCGAUUACCAUUGCGAUUGCCUCUUUUUCGGCAGCCAUUACUGUUGUCAACAUGGGUGACUCGGCAGUGACAGUCCGAACCCGCAAGUUCAUGACUAACCGUCUGCUGAACCGCAAGCAGAUGGUUGUCGACGUCCUCCAUCCAGGCAAAGCCACGGUGCCCAAGACAGAGAUCCGGGAACAGCUGGCCAAGGUCUACAAGACCACCGCGGACGUCAUCUUCUGUUUUGGGUUCCGUACCCAGUUCGGUGGCGGCAAGACGACAGGAUUCGGUCUGGUGUACGACACCUUGGAUUUCGCCAAGAAGUAUGAGCCCAAGUACAGACUAGCAAGGCACGGGCUGUAUGAGCGGAAGCGACCCUCCAGGAAGCAGCGUAAGGAACGCAAGAACAGACAGAAGAAGGUGCGAGGAACAGCCAAGACAAAGGUGUCAGCUGGCGCUGGCAAGAGGUAAUGAUGUUGCCGAUACCGGUUGAUUGAUAUCAAAGCCAUUCACUCUCCAAGGGUCAUCUACAUAUACAUGGGUCAUCCACAGGGGUCAACUGGGGUUACAAUGGGGUCAAGGGUGAAACUGUAUGAACCACCUGUCAUGAUAUGUACAGAGUGCGAAUAAAGUUACUUAUUGAAAGAAAGGAAAAA